AUGGCCUACCCUUACCAUUCUCCUCCUCCACCACCACCACCACCUUCACUAUCACCUUCACCAUCUCCUCCUCUUCCGUGCAACCAUGUCAUGACACCACCUCCACCAAAACACUACCAUCGUCACCACAAGGCAUCUGCACCACAUCAUCAUCAUGGUCACCAUAAGCCUCGGCCGCCCCCACCGCCACCAUCUUAUCCCGUGUCUCCACCAACCCCAACAAAUGUCCCAUUAUCACCACCAAAAUCAACUCCAAAUGCACCAUCACCAUCAGCAUCACAUUGCUUAGCACCUCCAAAGCCAACUCCAAGUACCCCUUCUAGUCCAGUUGCAGCGCCCUCGCCACAUCCUGCAAAGGCAACUCCUCCAAGUAAGGCAUCACGCCCUAAACCCUCAUAUCAGCCACGCCCUGGCAAAGGUCCAACUCCACCUCCAAAAUCACCACCAGCGGCUGCACCUGGCCCAUACAUCCGUAAAACACCUCCUACUCCCUGCAAUGGAUCACCACCUCACUCUGCACCUGCACCUCCAAAGGCAACUCCAAGUACCCCUUCUAGUCCACCUACAGUGCCCCCUCCACAUCCUGCAUCCCCAACUCCUCCGAGUAAGGCAUCACCCCCCAAACCUUCAUAUCCACCAAGCCCUGGUAAAGGUCCAACUCCACCUCCGAAAUCACCACCAGCCGCUGCCCCUGGCCCAUGCAUUCGUAAAGCACCUCCUACUCCCUACAAGGGAUCACCACCUCACUCUGCACCUGCGCCUCCAAAGGCAACUCCAAGUACCCCUUCUAGUCCACCUCCAGUGCCCCCUCCACAUCCUGCAUGUCCAACUCCUCCAAGUGAGGCAUCACCCCCUAAACCCUCAUAUCCACCAAGCCCUGGUAAAGGUCCAACUCCACCUCCAAAAUCACCACCAGCAGUUGCACCUGGCCCAUACAUUGCUCCUACUCCAAAACUAACACCCGGUAGUUUAUCUCCCGCACCAGCACCUACUCCAGCACCACCAGAUCCACAAAAAGGAGUCAACCACACAACUAUUAUCGCCGUGUGCGUUUCUCUCGGUGGUGUAUUUUUCCUCGUAAUCCUUUUGGUUCGUCUCAUUCGUCUAGCAAAGAGGAAAAGAAGCCAAUAAUGGUUCCUGCAGCAGUACCUUGCUCUGAUGAAGAACGUUAACAAGCCUGCGAGACACCCCCAACAAACCCAUAUGCGGAACCAUCUGUGCAUGACGCUCAUAUUCACCAGCAAGCUAUAGGAGCCGGCACUGUUGGUUCACAUGUUGGGGCCUCAAUAGCCCUCAUUGUGAACCAGGGUACGGCGGUGGGUCUUCUCAUUACUGAGACUACCAAUUAAAUUCAUCAGUUGUUCCAUCAGUUGUACCAGGGUGUAAUAAUUAAAUUGCUACUGGCAUGUAGUAGCUCUACUUUGUCUUUGUGCCAGUUCAGUUCAUUUAAUUGUUAUUGUUUGUUAGUUUCACGCAUUUUAAUAAUAACUUUAAUUACUGUUUGAAACGUGCUCGUUGACCUGCUGCUGGCCAUAACAGACUAACAGUGAAGCUGGGAAGCACCUGGACUCAGAAAACAAGUAUAUAUAAGAGGAUCCACUUAAAUACAUUAAUAUUGCACAUUUUCCAUUAUUAGAUAAAAAGGUUAAAUAUAAGUUUUAUGCAUUUAAUUUUGAUACAAAGAUAAAAAAAAUAUGUAAUUCUUAUACUAU